UUCUAGUGAAGUAUAAAACGUCUUGUAGUAGUUUCCAUUUCGAAAUUUUAGAAGAUUUGACGUCUUUGAGACAUUUUUUGCCAUGAAUAUUUUAACUGUAUUCGUAUUCACAUUAGCUAUUGCCGCAACUCGCUGCAGCAUACUUGAAAAUGAAACAAUCGAAGAAAGGAAAUCCAAGUUUGUGAAAUUUUACAAAUGUAUUUCGUGUGAAUAUGAAACUGAAGCUUUCUGGGAAUACACUGAAUGCAAGAAGCUUAAGUCACAAAAAAGCACAGAAAUUUUCGGUAAAUGCAAGGAUCGGUAUAUAUCUCAAGCAAACAAUGAAGAAGAAGAUAUGAUAGAAAUCUGCAAAAAUCCAGAAGUUUUAGGAAAGAUGUUCGACUGCCUUGUAGCUGAGACAGAAGCAACUGGAUUAACCGAAGAAGAGAAAGAAAGCUUGGAGUCAUUCAUUCGCUGUGCCAGAAGUGUCUACAAAUCCCACUGCAAAGAAUAGUCACAUUUUGUUACAGCAAAGAAAGCCUUUCUUUCAGAAAGAGCAUAUUUUGAUGAUAAUGCAGAAUGUAAUGUGCAUAAUUCAAUUUUGAAAUGAUAAUAAAAGAUGUUAAAAAACUUCA